AUGUUCUACCUAACCAAAACGGUCGUCCGCAUCGCUACCCCCCUCAUCUACCCCAUCAUCGUCCCCAUCGUCAGCCCGGCCAUCCAGCAUGCCGUGGGUUGCUUCAAGCCUAUUGAAGCCGACUUCGACUUCAACUUCGACAGAGAUUAUUGCGACAACCCCCUUGCUGUCGGCAUCGCCAAGGUGGUUGAGAUUGUCGACGGGGUUCGGAAGCUCGUUGAGGCUGUCGUAAAGGCGCCUGUUGGGAUUGUUUCUCGCGUUGUUGAGAAGUCGGUUGACCUGGCUAAACCGCCUCUUGUCGUUAUUUCUCGCGUUGUCGACUAUUGUCAGCAGCAGAUCAAGGCUGUUGUCAAGGCGCCCUUUGUGGUUACUUCUCGUGUCUUCAACAAGUCGGUCAACCUCUUGAUGAAGCUGAACAGCGCGGGUGACGAGCCCAUUGCUGUCGUUAGCCAGAUGGUCAAAGAGGUUGCUGGCGUAAUCAAGCACUUUGUGCCCUCUUUCUUGUUGCGCACCGUCAGGACCUACAUCGGAACCAAGAACACCAAUCCCGCAGACCGCUGGUGGAUCAGACCCGACGAAGCCAAGUUGAAGGCCUGGCUCUCAACCGACAACGCCCGUACGUCUGCCAUCGCCAAGGGCAACCACUCCGUCAAAAACACGCCCUCCUCCGCGUACCCUUCCCCUCCUCCUUCGAUCGUCGACCCGUCUUCUCCUCCAGGGGGCAUAACCGCUCCUCGACUCAAUACCACAUCGACGACCCAGGACACGAAUAUCAGCACCUGUCCACGUUCAGAGGAGACGAUUCCUUCCCUCGACCUCGGUAGCCCUAUCUCUUCUCUGAACCUUGGCGAGUCACUCGGCUCCCUCACCAGCUUGACCGCCAGUAAUGGUCUUACCAACGGCAAGGGAAACGACAACGGCAACGACAACAAGGCAGACUCAGAUGACUCAAGCGACACAGCCUCCAUCUCUUCGUCCCUCAUAGUGAAUGUUCCUGGCUUUCCUGAAGCGACGCGGUCGGAGCAUGAGUUUAUACUGUCUCAAUACGACUUCAACUACGCCUUCGAGGGUGCCCGUCCGGCUAGUAUUCCCGUCAAUGACGAAUCGACUUUUUCCGAAAUCGCCCUUCCGAACUAUUCCCCUAGCUACGGUGGUGGCUCCAGCAACGCCAACACUUCGGACCCUGAGAGGUUUUCCGAAAACGAAGACGAAGCUGUCAACAGAGCCAGGGCCAUUGCUUUCCGUCCCGACCAUGAAGAGGCGGACCGCCUCGACAGUUCACUGGAGCAGAUUCCUCAGUAG